CUUUUCAAACUUGUCCUCCGCAUCACACGCAUGACGCUCCGCGCGCACGUACGCCUGUCAUUCGUGUGCGUGGGAGGCUGAAGAUGACCACGGAGUGAGGGGGGAAGUUUUAACUCGGCAGCCGUUUGUCUCCUCGGGGAAACAGCGGAAGAGUGUGGAAGGUGGGUUCGUGCGACGGAGCUAACUGUCGGCGAGGACACGGAACAUUUCGCUCCAGGCCCUCGCAUCACGACACCGCGGCCGAGAGCCCGCUGCGAACGCCGAAAAAAUGUGGGAGCAGGAGGAAUUCGCCAAACACUGGAAGAAUGAAUUCCCCGACGGACAAGUGCCUCGGAUGGACCUGAACUCCGUGGAGGACAUCGAGUCUGAGCUGGAGGCGUCCAAGUCCAACCUGAAGCGGCUCCAGAAGGCGCUGGCGGAGGAGAAAUUCAAGGUGAUCUACCUGCAGACCACCGUGGCCCGGCAGAGGAGGACCGACACGGAACGCUUCGUGGGCAAGGAUGAGAACUGUAACGCCGACACGUUCGUCCUGUCGACCGCGGGGCACGUCAGGAAGCCGCCGCCGCCGCCGCCGCCGCCGCGGCGGGACGACGGGGUCGACGGGGAGAGGAGGACCAAGGCGUCGGACUCCGGGGGCGCGAGGCUCCAGGCUGCGGGCAACACCGCCGGGGUCACCGGCUUCUUCGGGCGCGAGCGGAGCAGGUUCAGCGGCAAGACGGGUAAGCCCGUCCCCAUCCCCGUCCCGCCGCAGAAACCCAUCUGUCGGAGCGGCCCCGGCCCCCGGCCCAACGACAACGAGCAGGGCAGCGACAGAGAGUACGAGGACGCGGAGCUGAACGACAAUUUCGUCCGGAACAACUUGUUGGCGCCGAACCCCGGCGGCAGGGACGGCCAGGGCACGCAGCGGGACGCCCUCCGGCCCCUCCGUCACAGCCGGGACUUUGACUCGGGCGACGACGGCAGGCUGUCCCCGUCCUUCCCGCACAUUCCCCGCAGGGCGUCCCGCGGCUCCGGAUGCAGCACCCCGGACCGGAGGAGCGAUGGGUACCUGAGCUCCGACCACGACGACUCCUCUUCUGCAGACUUUAACUACAACACAGAUGGCUAUGAGGGGGACGGAGCCGAGGAUGGCAAGUCUCAGGAUGGCUCGGAGACGCUGCCCUAUAUAGACGAGUCGCCCACCAUGUCACCCCAGCUGUGCGUGCCCCAAGGUCCCGAUGGAGAAACGGUCUCCCCCACGCCACCAGAGGGCCUGCUGCCUGGGGGAGGCAUAGAGAAAGGGCUGGAGAUGAAGAAACUGGUGCUGUCUGGUUUCUUGGCCAGUGAGGAGAUCUACAUCAACCAGCUGGAGGCUCUGCUACUGCCCAUGCGUCCUCUGAAAGCCACGGCCACAACCUCCCAGCCUGUGCUCACCAUCCAGCAGAUAAAGACCAUCUUCUACAAAAUCCAGGACAUCUUUGAGAUUCACAAGGAGUUCUACGACGCGCUCUUACCCAACAUCCAGCAGUGGGACGAGAAGGUCACCGUGGGACACUUGUUUCAGAAGCUGGCCAGCCAGCUGGGAGUGUACAAGGCCUUUGUGGACAACUACAAGGUGGCGCUGGAGACGGCGGAGAAAUGCAGCCAAGCCAACAGCCAAUUCCAGAAGAUAUCCGAGAACCUCAAAGUAAAAGGUCCUAAAGACUCCAAAGAUUGUACCACAACUAUCUCAAUGGAGGCUCUCCUUUACAAGCCGAUCGACCGGGUCACCAGAAGCACCCUGGUCCUUCAUGACUUGCUAAAACACACUCCGAAGGACCACCCGGACUUCCCCCUGCUGCAGGAUGCUCUGCGAAUAUCUCAGAAUUUCCUCUCCUCCAUCAACGAGGAGAUUGACCCUCGCAGGACUGCCGUCACCACACCCAAGGGAGAGGCCCGACAGCUGGUGAAGGAUGGCUUCCUGGUGGAGGUGUCGGAGAGCUCGAGGAAGCUACGGCACGUCUUCCUCUUCACAGAUCUGCUGCUCUGUGCCAAGAUGAAGAAGACAUCUGUGGGUCGUCACCAGCAGUACGAGUGCAAGUGGUACAUCCCUCUGGCGGACUUAACUUUCCAGACCCUGGACGACUCCGACUCUCCGACCAGCAUCCAAGUCCUACCCGAGCACGAGCUGGAGGAGAUGAAGAUCAAGAUCUCAGUCUUAAAGAAUGAGAUACAGAAAGAGAAGAAAGCGCCAAAGGGCCAGAGCCGCGUGGAGCGUUUGAGGAAGAAGAUGAACGAGCAGGAGUCGUGGCUGCUCACACACUCCCCCACCAUCCCGUUCCGCAUCCACAACAAACACGGAAAGAGCUACCUGUUUCUCCUCUCCUCUGACUACGAGAGGGCAGAGUGGAGGGAGAGCAUCCAGAAACUCCAGAAGAAAGAUCUCCAAGCGUGUGUAUUAAGUUCUGUGGAGCUUCAGGUCCUGACCAGUUCCUGUUUCAAACUCCGCACAGUCCACAACAUUCCUGUCACCAGUAACAAAGACGAUGAGGAGACUCCUGGCCUGUACGGCUUUCUGCAUGUGAUCGUCCACUCUGCCAAAGGAUUCAAGGAAUCAGCCAAUCUAUACUGCACCCUCGAAGUGGACUCGUAUGGAUACUUCGUGAGCAAGGCCAAGACCCGAGUCUUCAGGGACACCACAGAGCCACAGUGGAACGAAGAGUUUGAAAUUGAGCUGGAGGGCUCCCAGCAGCUGCGGAUCCUGUGUUACGAGACGUGUUACGACAAGAGCAUGCUCAACAAGGACGACAACGAGAUUGUGGACAAGAUCAUGGGCAAAGGGCAGGUCCAGCUGGAUCCUCAGACGGUGCAGUCCAAGAACUGGCACAUGGACGUCAUCGAGAUGAACGGGAUCAAAGUGGAGUUCUCCAUGAAGUUCACAAGCCGGGACCUCAGCUUGAAGAGAACACUGUCCAAAAAACAGAGUGGGGUGUUUGGAGUCAAAAUCAACGUAGUGACAAAGCGUGAGCGCUCCAAGGUGCCUUACAUAGUCCGUCAGUGCAUUGAGGAGGUGGAGAAGAGGGGGAUCGACGAAGUGGGAAUCUACAGGAUCUCGGGCGUGGCCACUGACAUCCAGGCCCUCAAAGCAUCUUUUGACACCAAUACCAAAGACAUCCUGAUGAUGCUGAGCGACAUGGACAUCAACGCCAUCGCAGGGACGUUGAAGCUCUACUUCAGGGAGCUGCCGGAGCCUCUGCUCACCGACCGCCUCCACCCCGCCUUCAUGGAGGGCAUAGCUCUCUCAGACCCGGCGGCCAAGGAGAACUGCAUGAUGCACCUCCUUCGCUCCCUGCCGGACCCCAACCUCAUGACCUUCCUUACUCUGCUGGAGCACCUCAAACGGGUGGCUGAGAAGGAGCCCGUCAACAAGAUGUCCCUCCACAACCUGGGCACCGUGUUUGGCCCCACUCUACUCAGGCCCUCCGAGGCGGAGAUCGCAAAGACACAGCACAUCACCUCCGCCUCCGACAUCUGGUCGCAUGAUGUCAUGGCACAGGUCCAGGUGUUGCUCUACUACCUGCAGCAUCCUCCCAUCUCCUUUGCCGAACUGAAGCGCAACACCCUCUACUUUUCCACUGAUGUGUAACCCCCCAAUCCCCCACCACCCACCUUCCUCAGGGCGGCACCUGAAGAUGAAAGAGUGGGAGACUCCAUACAAACCUUGGUCCCUGCCACUCGGACCUCCUGCCUCACCUCUCCUCUCCUCCCAGAAGGCAGCUCAUUUCAACUGUACAGCUCCCCCCCCUCCCCUUACACACACACAAAUCUCCUUUUUACUCCCCCAAACCAACCGCUCCCCGCCCUGAAAAGAGAUGGAGCAGAACCCGAACGGAGGUGGUGAAGGAAGUUUCCUCGUCGUCGAGUGUGCGUCAUGCGUCAUUUCCUGUUUGUAAUGUGAGGAGAGCCGAGCCGCCCAGCGCCUCCCACCAGCAACAUGACAAGGCAUUCUGGGAGCACAGUGGGAAAAGGUUGAGGGAUCCGGAGGCCACAGCCUGGCGCAGUGACACACACACACACACACACACACACACACACACACGUCGGCGUGUGGUGGUGGCGUCGUCUAGCGAGCCCUUUUCCGGACAUUGGUUUUAUGAUCUCAGAACCCGGUUGACUCAACGUCCAGCUUUGUUGUUUUUCUUUUCUUUUCUUUUUUCCUGAUCGAAGGCAUUCCAGAAAAAUGGCAUUUACAUGUUUUAUAAUUCUGUCCAACAGCUGUUUUUGUUUCCUGUCUCUGUCUUGUGCAUGUGGCGGAGGAGGCUGGGGUGUGUGUGUGUGUGUGUGUGUGUGUGUGUGUGUGUGUGUGUGUGUGUGUGUGUGUGUGUGUGUGUGUGUGUGUGUGUGUGUGUGUGUGUGUGUGUGUGUGUGUGUGUGUGUGUGUGUGUGUGUGUGUGUGUGUGUGUGUGUGUGUGUGUGUGUGUGUGUGAAUGAGUGACCGUGUGGAUGUACUUGAGUAAGUGAGUGCGUGAGUGUGUACGCGAGUGCGUUCAAGGGACUAUGAGAACUGGGAAGUGGAUCCUAACAAAUGUCUGCCGACGUGUCUCUCUUGUGCUGACAGACAGGAGAGAACUGCCCCGCCCCCCCAGCGAGUCUUGAGAAUUAGCCCUAUUUAUUUUAAAUAUAUAUAAUAUGUGUGCCUGUACAGUUCUGUGCAACUAGAGAAAUGCUCUAAGGAGUCUGUUGUUUGAAGUUUAUUCAGGUAGUGAUGUUAUUUUUAGUCAAAAUUUCCUCGUUCACCUCAGUGUCCAUGGCUGGUCGGCUGUUCUGAAAAAGAUCACCAAUCAGAGAGUCUGCCACUUCAUUUUCGAUCACUUACAGUAGAGGACAACGGCCACUCGGCCAUGUUGAGGGUUGUCGGGGGAAAAUCACAACUAAUGGAAAAUUCUACUUUUUUUUUCUUGUUGUCGCAUCGCAGGCCUGUUCCAGGUGUCUUACUGCACUGGUAUAAUCUAUAGGAUGAUUUGUGUAGUUGCCCUCAUUUGCAUGUUCAGCUUGUCAAUCAAACCAGGCGGGGUUUACGCAAAGGUAGGUUGUCUCGGCGAGGGCCCCCCCCCCCCCCGCUGAGAUCUCUGCUCUCUUACAAAGCCAACCUUUCUGCUGUCAAGCCUGCGACAUAUCUUAAAAAUACUGUAAGCACUGCUAGAUGAGUACUAUUUGAUAUUUUUAAUAUAAGAUUAAAAUAAAAAAUGUUGUAUUUUACUUCUUUUAAGGAAAAUUUCAAUAAACUGUAAUAUUGAGGCUAAAUGUAAAUGUGACCCCCCCCUCCCUUUUUUUUAGUAAAAUAAAAGUUCCCCAAAACACUCA